UGCAGAUAUCAUAGAUAAGGUCAUGUUAUCAUUAGCAUAAAUAUAAUUGUAGAACCAUCUAAUGCCAGUUGGUGGUGGUUACUAGUGACAACUCCAAAUAUGUGGCGAAUAAAUUUGGUAUUUCUCGCUGCCACGUGCAUUUUUUCAGCAUGUGAAUGUGCAUCCGUGGUAGAGACAGCAGCGGGAUCCAGAACCGCCCGCUUAACCAAUAUCAGAUACUUCCAAUCUUCGUGGGCACAUAUGGUGGAUGGCUCAGACUUGGAAGAAGUAGAAAAAUCUGAUACAGGAGCGGCCGGGCUCGGUCUAACUGCCGACACCGUCGUAGCUGUUGUAGUUCAUGGACGAGAGAGCAGCGUCUACAGUGACUUCGGAAACACUCUCCGAUUUUCACUCGCCCAGGCGGACCCUGAUCUAGUAAUCAUCAUGGUAGAUUGGUCAUACCUCUCCUAUUCAUCGUACCAACAGGCGGUGGCUACCGUACCCUUCAUCGCCACGGACCUUAGAGAGUUCAUAGCGUUGUUGGUCAGUGAUGGUAACUUAGCGCUGUCGAACCUUCACCUCAUCGGCUUUGAUCUGGGAGCUCAUAUUGUGGGCAUUGCGAGUAGAAAUGCUGCUACUCGUGCCAUAAAAAUCACAGCUUUGGACCCCGCUGGUGCCCUUUGAACCGCUUCUUCCCAACGCCUCAGAGCUAGCGAUGCAAACUUCGUCGAAGUAAUCCACUCAGACAUAAGCGGGACCAGGGCGUUUGGCACCCCUGAUGCUCUCGGUG